AUGAGCUCACCACCGUACCAGAACCAGACCUCGCCGCCGGCGCACUCGCCGCCUUACCCUUCCCAUGCUCAGCUUCCGUCCUCCUCCUCAUCCAACCGCAAGCGCGCCGGCGGCAGCGACGUCCCCCCGCCCGCACUGAAGCGCCGCAAGGCCUCGACCAUGUCCAUCGCCUCCGCAACCUCUGCCCACCCCCUCCGCCAGACCUCCUUCCCGCCCGAAGAGGCGCCCUUCGCAGGUGCCCGCUCCCCGAGCGUCGGGCCUCUUGACAAUGUCGACAACGUGAGCAUGGUGUCCGGAUCCGCCGUCUCCGCGACCGGCGGCAGCAGGGCCCCUCGGAAGCGCGGCAGGAAGAGCAAGGCCGAGAAAGCUCGCGAGGCCCUCGAGAAGGAAGGCACACCCAGCGUGGUCGGUGGUAGGGCGAUGACUGUCGCGAGCGGCAGGAGCGGGGCCGGCGGGGCGAGGAGUGCCGUCGACGGGGAUGCGCCCGACGACGAUGAGGAAGACGAGAAGGACAUCAAGGCCAAGAUGGGGGUGGCCCAGUUCGAACGGAGCAGGGAGGAGCGCGAGGAGGAGAAGCGAUUGCGCUUCAUGCUGGUGCAACAGAUGGACGCGGACCAGGCCGAGCGGUACGAGAUGUGGCAUGCGGCCAAGUUGACCGAGGCGACUGUUCGAAGGAUUGUCAACGCUACAGUCUCGCAGUCUGUCCCGGCUAAUGUCUGCAAGGCCAUGCAGUCGGUCGCCAAGGUCUUUGUGGGGGACCUCAUCGAGGCGUCACGCAAGGUGCAGUCCGAGUGGGUGGCCAAGACCGACGAGCCACAGGCCGAGCCGGGCGUCCAGUAUCCCGAGUGGCCGUACGAGGAAGAGGAGCAUGUGGAGGAGACGCAAGAUGGGCGGCCCCGAUCCAUCCAUCCCAAGGUCAAGCCCAAGGAGCCACCUCGCGGUGCCCUGCGCCCUGACCAUGUGCGUGAGGCCUGGAGACGGUACAAGAGCGGGGCUGAGGGCGGGAAUGUGGGCAACCUCGGUCUCUGGCAUAAGCAGCAGAGCAGUGGUGUGGAGAGGUUUGGUGUCAGGACUGGCGGCCGUCGUCUGUUUAAGUGA